AAGUGGUGUGCGCGUUGUUUGUAGCUGACAGAAGAAGUCGCAGGUUGCUCGCGACAGGAUGAAACUAAUCUAAAAUCUAAAAGAAAAGAAGAAGACGCUGCUGCUGCUGACGUCAUCAUGGCUCUGAAGGCUCAGGUUCUGUACGACUUCACAGCUGAACCAGGAAACAACGAGUUGUCGGUCCGACAGGGAGAGACAGUCACUGUGUUAGACCAGACUGUGGGUGGAGGCUGGAUCAAAGCCCAGAACUCUAGUGGACAAACCGGACUCGUACCUGAAGGAUAUUUACAGGUCGGCAGCAGUGGAGCUGGGGAGUCCAGGUCAGUGGGCGGGGCUUAUGUCAGUAACCCAACAGAAGGAUGGGACAGUCAAGGAUACAUGUACACACAACAAGCAGCUGGCGAGGACGAUGAUGGCGAGUGGGACGACGACUGGGAUGACCAAUCAAUGGGUGGUUACCGUGGUGACUAUCAGGUGGAUGAGGAGGGUGGAGCUUCAGGAGCGAGCACCCACGGUCCCUCUGUCAAGAUCUCCCUCAACAAGUUCCCAUUCUCCAAAGGUCCGAGCCCUGAAGUCUUCUUGUUAGCCAAACCUCCAGCAAACAGCAGAGACAGACUUCCUGUCUACAUGGGAGAAGUGGGUCCGGUCUGGCUGUACCCGUUGGCUCCUCUGGACUGUGUGAUCGCUGAUCCCAAGAAAGAGUCCAAACUGUACGGACUGAAGAGCUUCAUCGAGUACCAGAUCACUCCCAAUACGACCAACAGACCUGUCAAUCAUCGAUACAAGCACUUUGAUUGGCUAUAUGAACGUCUGCUGGGGAAGUUCGGCUCUGCUCUGCCCAUCCCCUCCCUGCCCGACAAACAGGUGACAGGUCGCUUUGAGGAUGACUUCAUCCGGAUGCGUAUGGAGCAGCUGCAGGCCUGGAUGACGCGGAUGUGUCGCCACCCGGUCGUCUCCCAGAGCGAAGUCUUCCAGCUCUUCCUCACCUACAGGGACGAGAAGGAGUGGAAGGCAGGGAAGAGGAAGGCGGAGAGAGACGAGACGGUGGGACCAAUGAUCUUCAGUCUGAUCGAACCUGAGGCUCCAGAGCUGGACCCUGCUGAGGUUGAGCAGCAGUGUGAACUCUACAGUCGGUUCACAAAGUCGAUGGAUGAAGGAGUCAAAGAGCUGCUGAAUGUUGGAAACACUCACUGGAAACGCUUCACCGGACCGCUGCCUAAAGAGUAUGAGCGGAUUGGUCGAGCUUUCAGGAAUCUAUCGACUGUUUUCAUCAGCAGCAAAUAUCCAGGAGAGGAGACACUGACAGACGCUCUGACAGCCGCUGGAAAAACAUACGAGCAGAUUGCAGAGAUAGUCGCACAGCAGCCUGAGAAGGAUCUUCAUUUCCUGUUGGAGACAAACAAUGAGUACAAAGGCCUGCUGGGAUGUUUCCCAGAAAUCAUUGCUGUACACAAGGCUGCAGUGAAGGAAGUGGAUCGUUUGGUUUCUGCAGGAAGAAUCAACAGCAACGACAGAAAGUUCAUGAACCAACGAAUCAGCUGCAUGAGCUACUCACUGCACGCUGAGAUGAACCAUUUCCAUAGCAACCGUAUCUAUGACUACAACAGAGUGAUGCAGCUGUACCUGCGGCAACAGGUGACCUUCUACCAGCAGAUCGCUGACAAGCUGAGAGGAGCCCUGCGCCAGUUCACCACACUGUGAGGAUGACAUCACCGAUGACAUCACAGCCUAAUGAUGUCACUGUUACAUUUCUAAAGUUUUUAAUAUUGCUAAUUGAUUGAUUGAUUGAUUGAUAUAACAUAUUGCUUGUUUUCACUGAAUUAAACUCGUCUUUGUAUUAAAAGUGUUUAUUUUUAUAUCCUCACUUCACACCAAACUCCAUUUUAAGUUCUCUUAUUUUAAGGUAUAAUAUAUAGAUAAUGUUUCAAUAAUAUUAAUAAUAAUCGUUAAGUUAAAUUACCUGUCACUUUGGUCACAUGAUACACUACUUUAUUAAUCAAUAAUUAGGCGUAUAAAUCACUGAAUGUUUUUGUUAAACUGUCAUAUUCAUAGUGUUUCUACUUCACAACUUUAUGUAUAUAUAAUGGAUUAAUCGUUGGUAUCGACACAAACCUGCAGGGCAAGUGGACAUUUAAUUUGUGAAUUUCUGAAUGUAGUUUGGUUUGUUUUGACCUGUAUGAACUGUAUAUUGAUCGAUACCUGGAGGGAAAUACACCUGUAUGACCUCUAGAUGUGUCCAUGCUGCCACCUGGUGGCUGAGAACUGAACUGCAGUGUUCAGAAAACUAAAUCUUUUUUUUUCACUUGUGUUUUUUCUUGUAAAAUUAAAAUAUAUGAAAAUAAAAGUUUCAACAUUCGUCAA